GUGCCGCCGCGGCACCUGGCCGAGCGCGCCGGCUACGACGUCGGCGCCCACGCGCCCGAGAGCACCGACUGGGUCAACGUGCUGCUCGCGCUGGCGCUGCACGGCUACCGCGAGGAUCUGGCGGCGGGCAAUGAGGGUGGCGCCCGCGCGGCCGUGGAGCACAUUCUCAAUGCCGCGGUGGAGGGCAAGACGGCCGGGACGCUCCUGGUGAGUACGGUCGACAUCGGCAACGCCUUUCCGCACCUUUCCGACGUGCGCGUGCGGCCAUCAGACGAAGCCGGCGGCCUGCGCAUCGAGGCAGAGAUCGAGUACGUCGACCAGAUCGAGCUCAGCAUCGAGACGCAGCUCGUCGUCAACUACCCGCGGCCGCGCUUUGCGAUCCUGCCGAUCUCGCUGGGCCUCAUUAUCGAGCGGCUCAGCGGCACGGUGCGUCUG